UCAACUCUCAUCUCACUCUUCACAUUCACACACACUUUCAAUUUUCGUUCUUACGCUUUUCAACAAUGUCCAACUUAAACGGCGUCGUUUCAUCCAAUUUUCUCCGAGUGAAGAAACUCUCCGACAAAGCCGUUAUACCUUCCCGCGGCUCCCCUCUCUCCGCCGGAUACGAUCUUUCCAGCGCCGCCGAUUCAAAGGUUCCGGCUCGCGGCAAAGCUCUCAUCCCCACAGAUCUCUCCGUCGCCGUCCCUGAAGGAACCUAUGCUCGUGUUGCUCCGAGAUCUGGUUUGACAUGGAAGCAUUCGAUUGAUGUUGGUGCUGGUGUGAUUGAUGCUGAUUACAGAGGACCUGUUGGGGUUAUACUGUUUAAUCAUUCUGAUGUUGAUUUUGAAGUGAAAGUUGGUGAUAGAGUUGCUCAGUUGAUUAUUGAGAAGAUUAUUACUCCGGAAGUUUCUGAGGUUUUGGAUUUGGAUUCUACUGUUAGAGGUGAAGGUGGUUUUGGAUCUACUGGGGUUUGAGUUUGAGCUUGAGUUUGAGUUAGAAAAUGAUUAAUUUUAAUAGUUUUAUAAUCAUAUAGGUGUGUGUACUUGGGGUAUUAAAGUGUUAAUCUUUACUAUUUUGCUGUGUUAAGGAACCUAUUCUGAGAAUAUUAUUGAGUAUUUUCUCAUUUUAUGUUCUUGUUUA